AUGACUGGGUAUGAGAAACUAACUUUCCUUGAUGCUUAUUCAGGCUACAACCAGAUCUCGAUAACCGCUUCGGAAGAAAAGAAGACUUCUUUCAUUACCAAACGUGGGACCUACUGUUAUAGAGUCAUACCUUUCGGACUGAAAAACGCAGGGGCUACUUAUCAACGGUUAAUCAACAAAAUGUUCGAAAAGCAGAUUGGCCGAACAGUUGAAGCUUACAUAGACGAUAUGGUUGUAAAAAACAAAGACAAGAAAAAUCAUCGGCAACACCUGCAGGAUGUGUUGUCAGACAAAUGCAAGUCAUUCUUUGAUGCAAUCAAAGUAAGAAAAGGAGAAAUUUGGAGGGCAGAGCAACGAGAAGCUCUCGCAAAACUCAAAGAGUACAUAACAAAUCCCCCAAUUUUAUCUGCCCCGGAGCCCGAAGAACCAUUGUACCUUUAUCUAGCAAUAUCUCAAUCAGCGACCAGUUCGGCUCUAGCAAGAGAAGUGGGAAAAAAGCAACACCCGGUCUUCUACUCUAGCAAGGCCAUGACUGACGUAGAAAACAGAGCAAUCUUCAGUAAACUAUAUCUAUCAGGUCAAAUUACCAAAUGGGCAAUUGAGUUGAGCUCCUUUGACAUUCAGUACGAAUCACACACCGCGAAGAAGGGACAGGUGAUUGUUGAUUUUCUCUUGGAUACUGAUCUAGGAGAAGAGCAACAAGUCACAGAAAACCCUUGCUGGGAGUUAUACGUCGAUGGUUCCUCCAGCCAGAACGGAGCCGAGGCAGAUUCGGAAUCCCAAGAUCCAUCAUUAUGGACAUUGGACCAAAUUUGGAUAAUCGACACACUCAGCGUUUCUUCGACAAAUACGGAGUCAAUAAAAAAAAAAUCGGCUGUAUAUCACCCACAAGGUAAUAGGCAAGCAGAAAUAACUAACACAACAAUCUUUGCCGGCAUCAAAAAGAAGCUCGAGGAUAAGAAGGAAAAAUGGUUAGACGAAUUGCCAAAUGUCCUAUGGGCAUACAGAACUACUCCGAGACGCCUCAUCGGCGAGACUCCUUUCAUUUUAGCUUACGGAACCGAAGCCGUAAUUCCCACCGAAAUGGUAGCACCUACCAUCCGAAGCUUAACCUGGGAGCAAAGGUCAAAUAAUCAACUCUUGGAGCGCAAUCUAAAUCUCUUGGAAGAGAAAAGAGAAGCGGCUGACAUUCGACUAGCAGCCUAUCAACAGAGGAUAACAAAUAACUACAACAAAAGAGCCAGAGGAAGAAGUUUUAAUCCAGGAGACCUGGUGCUCCUGAAAUCAUAA